GUGUUGAAACUUUUCGCCAAGACAAAACUACAUCAUCACACAAGGUGCACGCCUUUUGUCUGUCAUUUGAUUGUGGACGAGGUCUAAAGAUGGUCGUUAAGUGGUCAGUUUGACAGGGACGGACUGUACUUUCUCGCUUGACGUUUUCGUCAUAGACGUUCGGUGAGAACACUGCGAUAGUUGCAACGUUUUGCACCGCUUAACUGCAUUUGGCCGUGAGCCGGGCGUGAACGACAACACGAUGUGGGAGCAAGAGGAAUUUGCCAAACACUGGCGUAAUGAAUUUCCCGACGGUGAAGUCCCACAAAUGAACUUAAAUUCGAUCGAGGACAUCGAGUCGCAGCUGGAGGCUUCGAAAGUCAACCUGAAGCGGCUGCAAAAGGCUCUGUCCGAGGAGAAAUUCAAGGUGAUCUACCUGCAGACCACCAUGGCGCGACAGAGAAAAAACGACGCGGAAAGUUGUCACGGCAAAGACGUCAACUUUAACGCCGACACUUUCGUGACUCCCAAGAUUGGAAACUUGAGGAUAUCUCAGCGACAGGGCGAUGGCUGCGACGGUAAAACGUACCAAGUGUCUGACACGGGAGAUGGGAAGCUCCAGUCAGCUAACGCGGCAAGUAAUUCGUUCAGCCGGGAGCGGAGCAGGUUCAGCGGCAAGACAGGCAAGCCCGUUCCCAUCCCCGUUCCACCUCGGAAGCCGAGCAAUCCGAGACGAAAUCCUCCCGGCCUCUCUCAAACGAGAAAUAAUGAUGACAACAGCGACAAGGAGUUUGAAGAUUUGGAGCUGAACGAGAAUUUUGUCAGGAAUAACCUGUUGGUACCAAAGGCUGGGAUUAGAAACAACCAGAAGACGCCCAGCAUCCAUCACCCGGACACCCUGCGGCCUUUUCGCCUGAGUCGAGACUUGGACUCGGGGGACGACAGUCGGAUGUCGCCGCCCUUCCUGCACAUUGGACGUGGCUCAGGCUGCAGCACCCCAGACAGGAGUUGUGAUGGCUACCUCAGCUCAGAGCAUGACGACUCCUCUUCUGCAGAUUUUAACUACAACACAGAUGGCUACGAAGGGGACGGCACGGAGGAUGGCAAGUCUCAAGAUGGCUCGGAGACACUGCCCUAUAUAGAUGAAUCCCCCACCAUGUCUCCCCAGCUGUGCACACCCCAAGGACCGGAUGGAGUAAUGGUCUGCCCCACACCGCCGGAGGGUCUUCUUCCUGGGGGAGACAUUGAGAAAGGACUAGAGAUGAAGAAGCUGGUGCUCUCUGGUUUCUUGGCCAGUGAGGAGAUCUACAUUAACCAACUGGAGGCUCUGCUAUUGCCGAUGCGUCCCCUGAAAGCCACGGCGACCACCUCGCAGCCCGUCCUUACCAUCCAGCAGGUCGAGACCAUCUUCUAUAAAAUCCAGGACAUCUUUGAGAUCCACAAGGAAUUCUACGACGCGCUCUUGCCCAACAUCCGACAAUGGGAUGAGAAGGUCACUGUAGGCCAUCUGUUCCAGAAACUGGCCAGCCAGUUGGGAGUAUACAAAGCCUUUGUAGACAAUUAUAAGGUGGCACUGGAGACAGCAGAGAAAUGCAGCCAGGCCAACAGCCAGUUCCAGAAGAUAUCUGAGAAUCUCAAAGUGAAAAGUCCUAAAGACUCAAAAGAUUGUACUUCGACAGUCACAAUGGAAGCUCUUCUUUAUAAACCCAUUGACCGUGUGACAAGGAGCACCCUAGUUCUUCACGACUUGCUGAAACACACGCCAAAGGACCAUCCAGACUUCCCCCUCCUGCAGGAUGCUCUGCGGAUAUCUCAGAAUUUUCUCUCCUCCAUCAAUGAGGAAAUUGACCCUCGCAGAACUGCUGUCACCACGCCCAAAGGAGAGGCUCGUCAGCUGGUGAAAGAUGGCUUCCUUGUGGAGGUGUCAGAAAGCUCCAGGAAGCUACGCCACGUCUUCCUCUUCACCGACCUGCUGCUCUGUGCCAAAAUGAAGAAGACCUCUGUUGGUCGUCACCAGCAAUAUGAGUGCAAGUGGUACAUCCCUCUGGCAGAUUUGACUUUCCAAACCCUGGACGAGUCUGACUCUUGCCAUAGUAUCCAAGUCCUCCCUGAGCAUGAGAUUGAAGAGAUGAAGAUAAAGAUAUCACUCUUAAAGAGUGAGAUACAAAAAGAGAAGAAAGCACCAAAGGGUCAGAACCGCGUGGAGCGCCUAAGGAAGAAGAUGAACGAACAGGAAUCCUGGCUGCUGCUCCACUCCCCCACAAUCCCCUUCCGCCUUCACAACAAACAUGGCAAGAGCUACCUGUUCCUGCUCUCCUCUGAUUAUGAGAGGUCAGAAUGGCGGGAAAGCAUUCAGAAGCUCCAAAAGAAAGACCUUCAGGCGUGUGUAUUAAGUUCAGUAGAGUUGCAGGUCCUUACUAGCUCCUGUUUCAAACUCCGAACUGUCCACAAUAUUCCUGUCACCAGUAAUAAAGAUGAUGAAGAGACUCCAGGCUUGUACGGCUUCCUUCACGUCAUCGUCCACUCUGCCAAAGGGUUCAAGGAGUCAGCCAACCUGUACUGCACCCUCGAAGUUGAUUCUUAUGGAUACUUUGUGAGCAAAGCUAAGACCAGAGUCUUCAGAGACACCGCCGAACCUCAGUGGAAUGAAGAGUUUGAGAUUGAGCUGGAGGGGUCCCAGUUCUUGCGAAUCCUGUGCUAUGAGAAGUGUUACGACAAGAGCAUGCUCAACAAGGAUGACAAUGAGAUCGUGGAUAAGAUCAUGGGCAAAGGGCAAGUUCAGCUGGAUCCUCAGACAGUGCAGUCCAAGAACUGGCACAUGGACGUCAUUGAGAUGAACGGGAUAAAGGUGGAAUUCUCAAUGAAGUUUACAAGUAGGGACCUGAGCUUGAAGAGGACGCCAUCCAAAAAACAGAGUGGUGUGUUUGGAGUGAAAAUCAACGUGGUAACUAAGCGCGAGCGCUCCAAGGUGCCUUACAUCGUCCGCCAGUGCAUUGAGGAAGUGGAGAAGAGGGGCAUCGAUGAGGUGGGAAUCUACAGGAUCUCAGGGGUGGCCACGGACAUCCAGGCCCUCAAAACGGCAUUUGAUACUAAUACCAAAGACAUCCUGGUGAUGCUGAGUGACAUGGACAUCAACGCCAUCGCAGGAACCCUCAAGCUGUACUUCAGGGAGCUGCCGGAACCUUUGCUCACCGACCGCCUCUACCCGGCCUUUAUGGAGGGAAUAUCUCUGUCCGACCCCGCAGCCAAGGAAAACUGCAUGAUGCACCUCCUACGCUCGCUGCCCGACCCCAACAUCAUGACCUUCCUCACUCUGCUGGAGCACCUCAAACGGGUGGCGGAGAAGGAGCCCCUGAACAAGAUGUCCCUCCAUAACUUGGCCACAGUAUUUGGCCCCACUCUACUCAGACCCUCCGAGUCCGAGAGCACCAAGGGACAAAAUAUUACCUCUGUGUCUGACAUCUGGUCACAUGACGUUAUGGCACAGGUAAUCCCCACGUGCACGUCAAGCGCCGCCAUGUGUUUCUCUCUUUGCAUCGUGACAGCAACAGCUGCGGUGCAAGUGCUUCUCUACUACCUGCAGCAUCCUCCCAUCUCCUUUGCUGAGCUCAAGCGGAACACGCUCUACUUCUCCACCGACGUUUGAGCCCAUCUUCGCCUCUGUCGGACCGGAGAAUGAGGGACUGUGUAGGAGUCCUCUUACCUCGCCUCUCCUGCAAGCGGGCAUCUCGUCUUGACUGUACAGCACCCACAAUCCCAUCCCCUUAACUCUGAGCACCCCCCCUACCCCCGCCCCGGUUAGGAAGGUGGUGACAUUUUUGUGGUCUUCUCGAUAUAAAGGGGGGUUCGCUCUGGUUCAGUUUGGUGGGAGAGGAGGGGUUUCGGAGGCCACAGCCUGGCGCCGUGGCACAUGAUCAAGCCCGUGGACGUGGCAUCAAGCUUUGUCCCCCUGCUCAGAGACAUUCCACAAAGACCACAUUUAUGUUUUAUAAUAAUUUAGUCGUUUCCUUUUGCUGUCUUUCUGGCUUUGCGCAUGUGGAGGAGGAGGAGACCUGUGUCUGCCAGUUUGAGUGUGUGCGAGCGAAUGUGCAGGACUGCAAGAAUGAAUGGCUGGCAAGAGUGUCCUUUUCUUAAACAGACAUUCCCUCCCCACUGAUUCUUGGCCAGAUUAUCCCUAUUUAUUUUAAAUAUCUAUAUAUAUAAAUAUCUGUGCCUGUACAGUUCUGUGCAACUAGAGAGAUGCUCUAAGGAGUGUGUUUUUGAAGUCUAUUCAGGUUGUGAUGUUAUUUUUUAGUCCGAUUUUUCUCACUCACCAUAUUCAUGGUUGGCAAAUUGUACAGAAAUAUUCACCGCAGAAGCUCUGCCAUUUUGUUACCCACCACUUUGUCGAGGAAAAAGUGAGCUUAGUUGGGACUCGAUAGGGGGGUACAAACAAUGAAUGAAACCCCUUGCUUUUUUUUUUUCCUCUUCGUGUUAUAUUACAAGCCUGUUCCAAGCAUCUCACUGCACUAGUAUAAUCAAUAGGAAGAUUUGCAUAGCCCUCAUUGCAUGUUCAGCUCGUAAUUGAAAUUAGGCUAAGAAACGCAAAGAUGGGUUGUGUGAACGAAAGCCCUUUUAUGCUUUGUACAAAGCCAACCUUUCUGUUGUCAGGCCUGCAACAUGUUGAAAAAUUCCUGCAAAAACUGAGAGUAAGACUAUUUGGUAUUUUUCAUAAUAUAAAUUUGAAAAUGUUGUAUUUUACUUCCUUUGCGAAGAAUUUAAGUAUACUGUACUGUAAUUUUGAGGAUAAAUGUAAAUGUGAAAGUUUUCCCCUUUUUCUAGUGAAAUAAAAGACAGACAAACUCA